AUGGGCAUGUCGCGCAACAACACCUUCAAUGGCCAAACCAUGAGCAACCCGACACUACUUCAACGCCGUGCGAGCGCGUCUCUCGGGUUCGGGCCACAACAAUUGUCGAGCGAGGUAGAUGCUAGGCGCAUGUCGUCGACGGCAGAUCAAGGAGCCAUGAAUCCGCCGUCCGCGGCCAGAUCUGGCAGUUUCAUGGGAUUUCAACCUCCACAGCAGCUCAACAACUUUUCGAUGUUGGAUACGUCUAACAUGGGUAAUAUGAUGAAUGAUGGCAACGACUUUCCGAAUUUAUCUCCCGAUGCUAUGGGUAACCUGGUCUCUGCUCAGUUUGCCAAUAUCAACAUGGGGCAGAUGUUCCCUAAUGCUGAUCCAGGCUCGGGCGCCGCCCUUGCUGGUCAGACUUCUUCAACCGCUAUGCCGAUUUCCAUGCCCUCCAACGACACCAUGCAGUUCAACAAUGCUGCGCAAUACGAUGCCUUCACCAAUCGACCAGACAAUGCAGUUUCAGCUCCUCGUCAAAUUAAUCAGCUGGAACAACCACAGAAUCCAGCUCAUGAUUCAAGGAUUGUCGCUGCGGCUCCUAAUGUUGAUCAAGCGAUACCAGCACUUUCCCACGAAUCAUCCGCCGGUACCGCUGUUUCGUCCGCUCAAGAAAAAUCAUCCUCGACCGCAGCUACUCAGCCAAGCACCUCAUCUGUCGCUACGACCCCGAACCCUUCAGCGAACUCGAGGGAACUUCGUGAGAAGUCAAUCUAUUCUAAGAGCGGCUUCGAUAUGCUCAAGGCACUGUGGCUCGUUGCUUCCAGGAAAAACCCCAAAAUUCAUCUAGGAGCAGUCGACAUGUCGUGUGCGUUUGUUGUGUGCGAUGUCUCUAUGAAUGACUGCCCGAUCAUUUAUGUCUCUGAUAACUUCCAAAACUUGACUGGGUACAGUAGCCACGAUAUUGUUGGCCAAAACUGCCGUUUUCUUCAAGCACCUGAUGGGAAUGUGGAGUCUGGGACCAAACGCGAAUUUGUUGACAACGGCGCAGUCUUCAAUCUGAAGAAAAUGGUACAAGAAAGGCGAGAGGUCCAACAAAGUCUCAUCAACUAUCGCAAGGGCGGCAAGCCUUUUCUUAACCUUCUCACUAUGAUCCCGAUACCCUGGGAUACAGAUGAAAUCCGUUACUUUAUUGGGUUUCAGAUUGAUCUAGUUGAGUGUCCUGAUGCUAUUGCGGGUUCUGAAUUUGGGGGCGUUGCCGUCAAUUACAAACACAGCGACAUUGGCCAGUAUAUAUGGACGCCGCCGUCUUCCGCGUUCUGGGAGGCCGACAACGGCCAGACUUUGGGCGUUGACGACGUUUCAACCAUUUUGCAACAGUUCAAUGCCAAGGGCAUCGCAUCAGACUGGCAUCGGCAGUCUUGGGACAAGAUGCUUCUCGAGAACUGCGACGACGUGAUCCACGUCCUAUCCCUGAAGGGUCUCUUUCUCUAUCUCUCCCCCGCCUGCAAACGCGUUUUGGAAUAUGAUGCUGCAGAAUUGGUUGGAAACUCGCUAUCAUCCAUCUGCCAUCCCUCCGAUAUUGUUCCUGUUACACGAGAGUUGAAGGAUGCGACCACUGGAGACCAAGUCAAUAUUGUGUUCAGGAUCCGGAGAAAGCAGAGUGGAUACACAUGGUUUGAGAGCCAUGGAUCUCUCUACGUCGAGCAAGGUAAAGGCCGCAAAUGCAUCAUUCUUGUUGGCAGGAAACGCCCUGUAUUUUCCCUCAGUCGCCGGAACAUUGAGUCCAAUGGCGGCAUUGGUGACAGCGAGAUGUGGACUAAACUUUCGACUUCCGGGACUUUCCUCUACGUAUCGUCAAAUGUGCGAUCUCUUCUUGACUUGCAGCCGGAAUCGCUCGUCGCCACAAGCAUUCAAGAGCUGAUGCGUAAAGAUUCGAGACCGGAAUUUGGCCGCACACUGGAAAAGGCGCGGCGCGGAAAGAUUGUGACGUGCAAACACGAAGUCCUAAACAGGCGAGGGCAAGGCCUCCAAGCUCAAACCACACUCUAUCCUGGAGAUGCUGCUGAGGGGCAAAAGCCGUCUUUCCUGCUUGCUCAGACAAAACUACUGAAAGCAUCGUCAAGGUCCCUGGCACCAGCCACUUCAACAGCGGGUUCUACUACCAGUAGAUCAGUACGUGGCCAAAUCUCUCAACCUGCAGGCGGCGGUUUGGCUCUAGGGAAUCAGGACGAAGCACUAGCAUCCGACGACAAUAUAUUCGAUGAGCUGAGGACAACCAAAUGCUCCAGCUGGCAGUUUGAGCUGCGCCAAAUGGAGAAGAGGACCCAGUGGUCAACGGGAUCUCUGCAACAGCUGCGGCCUGCGCUGGGCCAAACAAAUGGGCAGAGUCUCCCCGCGAAACUCAGUGCGCAAUGGGGAUAG